AAUUUCAAAGCGCUUUUUUUUCAUCAGCUACCUUGCUGGCUGCUUUCACUACUCAUCAAGAUCAAGAAAACCGACUUUUAAAUCAACAUGGAAUUUUGUUUGGAACGAAAGUUCUCUGUCAAUGAACUUAAAUACAAAAUGCGUCUGACACAAAUCAUAGACAAGUAUUCGAAUAUGGGAGACCAGGAUGCGAUGGAGGAGGUGGAACUCGACAAUUCAAAAAGCAGUACACAGCGUUGGUGACUUUUGUUACGCCAAAAGCAGUUGACAUAAGCUACAUUUUACAGGUCGAUGCUACAUCAACUGGUCAAAAAUACAGCUCAACAAGCUGGAAUCAAAGAGCAUGGCAGAUUUGAGAGAGGAGCCAGAACGCUCCAAGGACAUUACAGGAAACACUCAGUUAGACUCCACAAAUCAAGAUUGCAGGGCUGAUGACUGUGCUGCCUUCAGUUCCAUUUCACUAUUGUCUUUGGAAGAUGAUGGAGUGGUUAGCAAUGAAACGACUCACCUGACUGCGAUCUCAUUGGAUGAGAUUCAGAGAAACAUGACUCUGACAGAGUUCCAGCCUGAGGACCAAGAUGAGGAGCUGGAAAUGACCCUGAAGACUCAUGGCAGUUCUUUGAUGGAGCUGUACCCCGGCAUGAUCAGCCGAUUAGGGGAGGCCUGCCGUCGACAGAAGGUCUCUGAGGCCGCUAUCUCUGUGCUGAGGAGGUACCGCAGAUGGCGUCAGCAGUCAAACCGAAGCAAUCUAAACAAAACCUUCAAUGUCACGCUGAAACACACCAACAGAAAACCUAAAAACAUGACCAACCAGACACUGCUCGAGGAUAACAGUCCUGUGAAGAGGCAGUUAAUGGUUACUAAAACUACCCCUCAGCCUCCCUUGCAGAUGGUUAACAAAAUUCAGGAUUGGCAAGCCCAGCUGCAGUCUCCUGAGAAGGUGACAAAAGAGCCGAACAUUGUCGUGAUGGACUUUGAUUGCUUUGAGACUUCAGUGCAAACAGCGACCUCGCUGAACGAGACCUUCAUUGUGUCUGAAGCAUCCCAGCUGGAGAAACAACCUUCCACUUACACGCACAGUGCUUCAAGUCCUAUAUCCUGCUAUCCUGCUGCAAGAAAAUCCCUGGACACAUCUCUCAGGUCUUAUAGGCAUUCUCUUUCAGACACCCCCUCCGUCAAAGAGAGAGUGGACAUCUACGGCUCUCCUGUCAGGAAGAAUUCCUCCACUUACACGUUCAGUCCUUCACGACCUUGCUAUCCUGCAGCAAGAUCAUCCCUGGACACAUCUCUCAGGUCUAGAAGGCAUUCUCUUUCUGCAAACCUGCCGCAGACUAAUGACUGCUCUGUGUAUGCACCGGACACCUCCCCUGUAAAAGAGAGACUGGACGUCUACAGCUCUCCUGUCAGGAAGAGUUCCUCCACUUACACGUUCAGUCCUUCACGACCUUGCUAUCCUGCUGCAAGAUCAUCCCUGGACACAUCUCUCAGGUCUAGAAGGCAUUCUCUUUCUGCAAACCUGCCGCAGACUAAUGACUGCUCUGUGUAUGCACCGGACACCUCCCCUGUAAAAGAGAGACUGGACGUCUACAGCUCUCCUGUCAGGAAGAGUUCCUCCACUUACACGUUCAGUCCUUCACGACCUUGCUAUCCUGCAGCAAGAUCAUCCCUGGACACAUCUCUCAGGUCUAGAAGGCAUUCUCUUUCUGCAAACCUGCCGCAGACUAAUGACUGCUCUGUGUAUGCACCGGACACCUCCCCUAUAAAAGAGAGACUGGACGUCUACAGCUCUCCUGUCAGGAAGAGUUCCUCCACUUACACGUUCAGUCCUUCACGACCUUGCUAUCCCGCUGCAAGAUCAUCCCUUGACACAUCUCUCAGGUCUAGAAGGCAUUCUCUUUCUGCAAACCUGCUGCAGACUAAUGACUGCUCUUCGUAUGCACCGGACACCUCCCCUAUAAAAGAGAGACUGGACGUCUACAGCUCUCCUGUCAGGAAGAGUUCCUCCACUUACACAUUCAGUCCUUCACGACCUUGCUAUCCCGCUGCAAGAUCAUCCCUGGACACAUCUCUUAGGUCUAGAAGGCAUUCUCUUUCUGCAAACCUGCUGCAGACUAAUGACUGCUCUUCGUAUGCACCGGACACCUCCCCUAUAAAAGAGAGACUGGACGUCUACAGCUCUCCUGUCAGGAAGAGUUCCUCCACUUACACGUUCAGUCCUUCACGACCUUGCUAUCCCGCUGCAAGAUCAUCCCUGGACACAUCUCUCAGGUCUAGAAGGCAUUCUCUUUCUGCAAACCUGCUGCAGACUAAUGACUGCUCUUCGUAUGCACCGGACACCUCCCCUAUAAAAGAGAGACUGGACGUCUACAGCUCUCCUGUCAGGAAGAGUUCCUUACAGGCCACUAUGGUGACUGGCCUCAGGUCACCACAUGUCUUUUCCAGAAGCCCCAGAAGAACCUCUGUGGAAAGCUUUUCCAGUGAGCCUAUAAGGCCCAGAUUAAUGUCCACCCCGCCAAAAAAGCCAACUGUGCCACUGAGGAUGCUUCACUCUCAAGACCUCCAUCUUUCCCCCCACCAGCAGCUGCGUUCGCCUCAGUUAGCCUCAGCACCAGAGAGUCGCAACAGGAUCUGGCCACGCCUUUUCCGCGACUCGACACUCACUCCCCAAAAAGAGUUUGAUGAGGACUUUCUAAAGGCCUAUCACAAGUUUGUCUGCCAGAACACGUCCUCUUUGAUGAGUGGGAUUUCCUGCUACCUCUGUGCGGGAAGCGCUGAGGCCAGAAAAGGCUCAUCUUCCUCGGCUCUGGCAGCUCUCGCCCUGUCGCCGCACCGCUCACUCCUGAGGAAACGCAACAGGGAAUUGAAUUUGGACCACCAGCCCCAGUCGAAACGCUUAAGGGAGGAGUACUGCCAGUCCUCCCCUGGGUCCCAACGGCACAGGAAAGAGCUUCUGAGGCGCCGUCUCUCUACGUAUGAUAUGAGCAGUCCCAUGACGGCGUCUCCUAUAGCUCUACUAAACCCAGCAUGUUUCAAAGAAUCACUACCUAACUGCUCUCCGCAAAAGCACAUCAGGAUGCCUGAAUGAGUCCGUGCCGCCAUUUGUCUGCAGCAGAUUUUUCUGUCAUGGAAUAAAGUGCUGAAGGGAUUACUGCGGCCUGCCAUCUGAACAAGGAAAACCCAUUUUGUCUUGUAACAAUUGUCAGCGGGAAAGUAUUGGGCAGACAGUUGCUGAUAAAUAUUGGUGAAAAGAAAACAAGUGGUCACUAAAGCUUGAAGCAUCUUUCGGUCAGCUGGAACGGUGCAAGUCCAGGAUAUUGAAUCAGUAAGAUGCAUCUAUUGCAUUUAAUAUUUGAAGCCAUCAUCUUUGCUUAUGUUUCAUACAAAAACUGUCAAAGCUAUUCUUAUUAUUGUGAUUAUUACUCUUAGAUGAAAUGUUUUGCAUUUUGUGCAUUUUAAUCUAAAUUAAUGCAUUGUUUUUUAAUUCUGUUUUUACAAUAAAGAUUCUUUGAUUUGCAGUUAUGUUUAUUAAACUUUUCCAUUAUAUUCAUGCAAGUUAACACAAAAAUAUCAAACAGUCAGCCUGAAAAAGAAAAGAGCAUAAUGGUUAAUUUAUGCAAAGGGGAAAAGUGAAAUGUAAAAUAAAGACAAGUUUUCUAUUUUG